AUGAGACCCUUCACGAGUACUCCUCAAAUUUAACACAGGGAAUAAGCAUAAGUAAAUAACCCAUUUAUAUAGUUAAAGUCUGCUAUUGAGUUUCGUCAAAAUGUUCAACAUUAUAAACCGAAAUUCUAUGUAACCAAGGCGCAUUAGGAUUCGAAUGAGCAAUUCCUUUCCAGCAAAACACGGGAUCCGCCAAAUUCUAGAGAAUUCAAGAAGACCAUUCCCAUAACAAUGGUUUAGGAUAAGGAAAGAUUGUAUGAGGAACUUAAUAAGACAAAACAGAUGUGUAAUAAUCUAAAAUUGGAGAAUCACUAGCUGAAAGCAUAAAUAAAAAGUUAGGAAACUGCCAUGCUCAAAUGUAGUGAUCCUGCGAAUGAAGAUUACCAAUCCUUUGUUACAAAUCCAUUGCCUUCGCAUUAUAAGAAACAAAUUAGUGAAGUCCCACAAUCGACUAUUAUUUUGUAAUUGAAGAAACAGAAUAAGGAUUUGAGAGAAGAGCUAGAUGAUUUUAAAGAGGAGAUGAUAAGAGUGAAGAGAAGUGCCAAAUUGACAAAAAUUUAAGAAUUGGAAGCUGAAUUGAAAAAUUAUUAAGAUGAAUCAUUGCGUCUGAAACAGCUUCUUCAUCAAUAAAUAUUGAAGACAAUGAAACCUUCCAAAACAGAAUAAAAUAUCGAGGAAAGAAUCCUAACCUUAUAAGAACAGUUGCAGAAAUGCAGCUUAGCGAAAAAUAAAUAUUAUUAAGAAUUGAAGAAGGCUGAAGAAGAAAUUAAAGAUUUGAAAGUACUGAAUUAGGAGUUGGACUAGAAUUACUAGAAAAGCAUUAAGGAAAAGACUUAAAUCAAGAAGCAAUUAACUUCAUUAGAAGAAUAAUUCAAUAAGGCUUAAUUAAAUGAUCCAUUAUUCAGAAGAGGAUAAGAUGUUACUUAAAUGAAGUUGGAAUUAGAGAGAAAAGUUGUAGAGAAUAAUCAAUUAAAAAAUGAUAAUAUGAUAAAGGAUAAGAAGGUUCAUGAUUUGGAAAGAUAACUAAAGGAUGUUACAAGUACCUUCCAAGAUAAAUUGAAUACAGUCACAAAGGAAAAGGAAAGCUUUAAAGAGAAAUACGAGAAGCAAAAGCAAGAACUUAUUGAAUUGCAAGAUAAAUAUUAACAAUUGUUUUUCAACAGCAAUAGGAAUCUUCAAUCAUAGUAAAUUUAAAGUGGCAGAAGGGAUGCCAUUUUCACAGUGCAAUCUUAAGAGGAUGUUCAGAAUCCAAGGAGAAAAUCUCAAGAACUUACACCUGACCUGCACAAAUAAAAUGAUACAUAAUAACAAUAACAAUAAUCUACUCAAUAAGAGAAACAAAGCUAUAGAAGGAAAGUGCAAAGAAAGUUGAGUUCAAUUCGACAGGAUGACAUUGAAGAGUUGCUUACUUAGUUAAGAUACAAGUUGAGGGCAUAGAAUAUCAGGAAUGCAGAAUUAGAAUUAUAUCUAUUUCGGUAGAAGGAUACAAAUGAGACUUCUUUAGGGGAGAUGAUUUAGAUUCUACAGAACAAGCCUUUUAAUUUAAAUCAAAAUGAAAGUGUAUUGAUAUCUCGUUAUUUGAUUGAACCUUAUGGUGAGAAGGAAAUCACUUAUAACAUCAAUUUAACCAAAGAAAAUGAGAGCAUUUUACAGACCUUGAUAAGAGCAAUUGGUAAAUACAAUAUAUUGGUUGGAGAGGAUAGAAUUCAAAUGCAUGAACAGAUAAGACAAAAACUGAAUGAAAAAAAAGAUGAUUUGAUGGCCUAUUUAAAGCCUAAGAAGUAACAAGGAAAUUCACAACAAUCAAUAUCAGCUCAAUUACCAGGCAGUUUAGUGAAUAGAUAACAAUUCAAAACAGCAUUAUUAUAGACUUCAUUGGAUGAGGAAUAGACAGAUGUGUUGUUAUAAACAAUAUAUGAAUAAACUUAGGAUUUCAAUUUCAUAGAUUUGGAUAUGGUUUUUGAGACUUGGCCAAGUUCAGGACCAAUUAAAAUAACUAGAGUUCAAGUAGAAUAAUAAAAAGAAGAUGGGGAAUUGCCUGAUACAGUUAGGGAAUGUAUAGAGUGUUUGUUAGAAUAUGCUAAUAAAAACGGAUUAUCAAUAUUAGACUUAAGAAAGCAGAUUGAUGAGGAUAAUAGUGGUCACGUGGAGAGAUCUGAGAUGAAAUAGUUUUUGCUUAAGUGUGAUAUUCAAUUAAAUAAUGAACAGUAUGAUUUGAUUUUAGAUCACUUUGAUUUGGAGGGAGAUGGCAGGAUAUCGACUAAUGAUAUUGGUGUUGUAUUGAAUAAGGCAUAUAAUUAAAAGAUGUUGGCCAUGAAGGAACAGAGAAGUGCGAAGAAAACUUCGAAAUAAAUCUUAAAUUUGGUGGCAAAUCAUUUUGUUUAAUUUAUGUAGGCUAAUAAAUUGGAUCUAUUUCAAAUAUUCAUGACUAUUGAUUAGGAUGGCUCUGGAUCUGUGAGCAGGGAUGAGUUUAAAUAAAUGUUGAGAACUCGAAUUGUAAUUCCUUUGGAUUAGGAAGAGUAUGCAGAGUUUUUUAAACUGAUUGAUAAUACAAAUGAUGGACAGAUACACUUCAAUGAGUUUUAAUAGCACAUGAUACCUGAGAUUGAGAAGAUCACCUAGAAACCCUAUCACGAAUUGUUAAAUGAGCAAAUUACUAAGAAAGUUGGAUGA